AUGGAUAGAAUUAAUAUUAUUGCUCAACAUUUGUUGGUAAAUGAUGUUGCAGCAGGUGAUGUACCAACAACAUCAUUACUGAGUGUACAGUUACAAGUGGAUAGUGUUGAAAUUCAGAAACUAAAGACUCUUUUGGACACACCUAAAUACACAGAGUUCAAAGACAGAGUCAGAACAUUCAUUCAAAACAAUCCAUUGUUCCACGGCUCUGUAUCCGGUAUCUCUUCAGCUGAAUACAAACAACGUGUUCUUCUCCAACUAAAGUCAUUGGCAACCAGUGGAUUAUUCAAUAUCACUGAUAUCAGAGAUAACCCAGAAAAAACAUGUGCAUUCAUUGAAGUAAUAAGUGAAUUCAAUAAUAAUAUUAAUACUAAAUUUGCUGUACAUUACAGUUUGUUUGGUGGAACUAUUUUGCUGCUUGGUACUGAAAGACAUGAGAUCUAUCUGCCAAAGGCCGAUUGCUUGGAUAUCGUCGGUUGCUUUUCAAUGACUGAAAUUGGACAUGGUUCGAAUGUACGUUCGUUGGAGACAACCGCAACCUAUUGUCCAAAGGCCGGUGGAUUCAUCAUUCACUCACCAACACCAACCUCUCAGAAGUUCUGGAUUGGUGGUGCCGGGCUGCACGCACAUUACACUACGGUUUUUGCCCGAUUGAUACUCGGUGGUAAGGACCAUGGUGUUCACGCUUUUGUUGUACCAAUUCGUGACCAGUUGAAUCGUGUUCUCCCGGGUGUCACCAUCAAGGACUGUGGACCAAAGAUGGGAUUGAACGGAAUUGACAAUGGACAAUUGGCAUUCGACAAUGUUUUCAUUCCACGUGAGAAUCUCCUCAACAAAUAUGCCGAUGUAACACCAGACGGAAAAUAUAAAUCCGAUAUUAAACCACAAUCCAUUUUCACCUCUCAAAUGGCUGCAUUGGUUAAUGGUCGUUUAUAUGUUUGUAAGAGUACUGUUGGUGUUGUAAAGACUUGUUUAACAAUUGCAACUAGAUACUCACAUAUUAGAAAGCAAUUUGGUCCACCAAACUCAAACGGUGAACUACCAUUGAUUACUUUGUCAUCGCAACAAAAGAGAUUGAUGGUUCCAAUCGCAACCACCAUUACCAUGGAUCUAUUCACCAUUGACUUGGCUAAAAAGUUGGCAAAUGCAAAGAUUUCACAUGCAUCACAUGCUCAUUGUGCAGGUAUAAAAGCAGUGUUCUCAUGGCAUCUUCUUAGAUCGAUUCAACAGGCAAGAGAGAGUUGUGGUGGUCAAGGUUAUCGUAUGGAGAACAGGAUCGCAGAGUUUCGUUGUGACUCUGAUAUCUUUGUUACUUAUGAAGGUGACAACACUGUGUUGAUGCAACAGGUCGCUAAAUAUGCUAUGACACUCAAGCCAAUCUCUAUCGAUAGAGUGGUACUCGGCUCAAAGGCAGACUUGUUUAAUUUGGUCAAGUUGCAACAGCUGUUCAGACUUCGCGAGCAAUUGAGAGUCGAUGAACUCAAGGAGCUGAUUGCCAAAGGCGGAAAAGACAAGUUCGCAGCUUUCAACAAUGUCAUUCCAUGGGCAGUGGCCACCGGUUACGCACACAUGCACUCGGUCAUUCUCGACAAUGCCAUCCACUAUAUCAACGGUAACUCUAUCAAACCAUUGCCACAGAUGGUACUGUUGGAUACUCUAUCCAAGAUUGAAGAGGAUCUCGGUUGGUUCCUCAGUCAAUCAUUGAUCAGCACUGACGUCGCCAAGCAAAUUCCAUUCGUAGUUAUGGAAUUGUGCAAGAAUCUUUCUGAUCAUAGUCUCGAUAUCAUUAAAUCUUUUGAUAUCCCAGCUGUUUGCUUACCAGAGCCAUCACUAAUUAGUGAUCUAAUCAAUUAA